AUGGCAGUCAAAGCGAUAAAUGGCAUCCCAUUACCCCUCCGGAGAAAAUCUCCAUCUCAUAGAAAAUCAAUUGUGUCGCAGAGUCUAACAAGCUACUUUGGUCUCUUGGUCGGCGUUGUCGCUUUUCUUUGGGCUUUGUUCAGUUUUGUCCAAGAUUACCCCAUCGGCUUCAGCCAUCACGCCUCAGGGCUCGUUGAUUGGGACCACAGACGACUCGCAGUCAGGCGAGCAUUCGAGGACAGCUGGAAAGCGUAUGCGGAACAUGCCUGGGGGAACGACAGAUACCACCCCGCCUCCCAAAAGGGAUCCCAGAUGAGCCCUAACGGUCUGGGAUGGAUAAUUGUAGACAGCUUGGAUACCAUGAUGGUGAUGAAUUUGACUGAGCCAUUAGCUGAAGCUAGGAAAUGGUUGCAUCGAAGUUUAUCGUACGAUCAGGACCAAGAUGUUAACACCUUUGAGAUAACCAUCAGAAUGCUUGGGGGACUGCUUUCGGCACAUUAUCUCUCCAGUCAUUUGCCUUUCGUCUCGUCUCGUCGCGAUGCUGUUUACCUCACAAAAGCUAUCGACCUAGCAGAUCGGCUACUCGCCGCCUACGAAUCUCGAUCAGGGAUCCCAUAUGCGAGUAUACAUCUCUCUAGAAAGAAAGGAAUUGUGUCACACGCUGACGGUGGGGCUUCAUCAACGGCGGAGGCAUCUACAGUCCAAUUAGAGAUGAAGUAUCUCUCGCACCUGACCAACAAUGACACAUAUUGGCGGAAGGCGGAAACGGUCAUGAGCAUAUUGGAUGCUAACCGGGCUAAGGAUGGACUUGUUCCAAUCUUUGUACACCCAGAUACUGGAAAAUUCACGACGUCUGAAAUACGUUUGGGAAGCCGAGGAGACUCUUACUACGAGUAUUUGAUCAAGCAGUAUCUCCAAACAUCAGGAGACGAACGUAUAUAUUACACAAUGUGGCAGGAGGCGCUGGUAGGAAUCCAGAAGCAUCUCAUUACGACCACCAAGAAUUCGCAGCUAAGGUUCGUUGCCGAGCUUCCACAAGGUAUUGGCGGGCCUUUAUCGCCCAAAAUGGACCACCUUGUUUGUUUCCUUCCAGGCUCAAUAGCCCUUGGAGCUACAGGUGGUUACACUCUGACCAAAGCCCGUUCGCUGCCAGACUGGAGCCCUGAAAAGGAGCAGGAAAUACAGCUGGCGCGAGAUCUGAUGAAGACCUGCUGGGGAAUGUAUGCUGUCACGGCAACAGGCCUCGCACCUGAAAUCGCUUGGUUCAAUGCAGAAAAGAAGGACCUACAGCCAGAGCCUGGCAGCCGGCAGAGAUCUUCAGCUAAAGACUCACUGUCUUCGUGGAAAAACGACUACAUCGUCAAGCCUUUAGAUGCCCAUAAUCUACAACGGCCUGAGACGGUAGAGAGCCUCUUUAUGAUGUGGCGCAUAACGGAAGAUUCAUUAUAUCGCGAAUGGGGAUGGAAGAUGUUCGGUUCAUUCGAGAAGCAUACGAAGUUGGGACAAGGCAAGGGAUACUCCUCAUUGGACGAUGUCAACCAGAUUCCUCCACCAGCUCGAGACAGCAUGGAGAGCUUUUGGCUUGCGGAGACCUUGAAAUACAUGUAUCUUCUGUUUUCACCAUCAGACUAUUUACCACUCGAGGACAUAGUGUUCAACACGGAGGCUCAUGUUUUGCCACGAUUCAAGCCUAAAUGGCGCACUGGGUGGGAGCGAAGUCACAAUUAA